UUAGUUGAUUUUGAGUCAAUACUAAAAGCAAGUGCCUUGCAUAGGCGAAGAUGUACAGAAGAAUCGCCAGCAGCCAGGAGUAGAUUAUGAAGAACUUGAAGCACCAAAAGACGGAAGAUUAACUAUUAAGGACAAUUUUUGUGCUGUAAUCGUAACUUUAAUUUCAUGACAAAAGAGUUGUCAGUCUUGUUAAAAUUAUUUAGUCAUUGAAUGUUUUGCCCGAUUCCAGUUACCUGAGUGAAACACGAAGAAUUGUAAAGCGAUCGCACGGAUUCCUCAAGUUGGCCAAACAGAAGUUUCUGUUUGUGCACUUUUUUGCUUGUCGGGUGGCCGAGGAAACCGGCCAGUACAGGUUGGAUCACUACAUGAAAGAGUCGCUGGUCGCCUACGUGAAACUGGAGCUGACCAUCAUUCAAGAUCCCGAGUAUAGCGCCGACUUUAGUGAACAGUCAGCGCUCAAAGAGCGAGUUCUCGUGCUGCUAUGGACGAUUUAUUCCAAGUACAUGUUUUACUUGACUGGCCGAUCGUGUAGAUUGGAGGUGUAUGCGAUCAUUCUGAAGUUUCUGCAUGCGGAAUUGCCGUCUAAGAUUCCGGCCUUUUUUCGCGACUUUUGCGAGGAACUCAAGAACCUCGUUGCUGGCACCUCCAUAGCGCUGCCCUACUUCUCAUCCCCAGUUCCAAUCAAAGCAGAGUCGUGCGAAAUUCCCCAGAACAUCUUCCACGAGGACCCAAACACUUCCGGCUUUAUAUUGGAUGAGCUGAAGAAGAUGCAGAAACAGGCCGAUGACCGCCGACAGAUGGAAGAGCAGACGACCUGUAUAGAGAUUGAGGACGACGACGACGACGAUGAUAAUGGCCAGGACAUAUGCAUACGGUCCAUAUCAGCUGCUCCGCCGGAGUCCAAGCCGAGAAAGGAAACGGAGUUGCGGGGGUCAAGCAGGCAUUCUAGCGAAACUCUCGAUCUCCAGUACGACACUAGAGAGUUGACCAACCGGGCCAAGGAGGUGCUGCUGCAGUUUCGGAACAUGUUCGGCAGCGAAGGGGUCUCCAUGAGCAUCAACGGCAAUGGCAAGAUCGUGAUAGGCACCACGUUGUCUCUAGAUCAGAAUAAGGGCUCAGAGGCGCUUUGGGAAACUGCCUCCAGUGCCUCAGCAGGCAACGCGCCUCUGCGACCUCAAAACUACCCACAGUAUCGACCGUGCUUCGAGGCCGUGCAAAGGUCUGAAAUCUAUCACAGAGCUAGUGUGGAGUUGGGCAGCAGCAGGGAUUUGGCAAUGUUUGCCGCUGCGAAGCCCUGCAAGGUAGUGCUGCCUAAUAGGCACGAAGUGCUACAGAGUGCGUCCUUUUUGAAUGCAGCCGAAGAACCCAUCGACUUGUCCAGGCAUGGGCUGGAAGAACCUGAAAAGGCCCAGGCAGUAGCAUUGAGUCAAAGUAAAUCUGCACCUUGGGAUGCCGAAAACGAAGCGCUGUUGAAUGGAAAUUCCUCCUGCUCGUCUGGUUCGUUGAUAGUGGACGAGGAUAAACUACUGCAGCUGGACGACGAAGAGUUUGCUGUGGAAACCGGCAGCAAAGCGCCGGCAUUGAAUAUUUUGUCGGUUAAGGUGCUGAAGCCGAACCAGGAGCCUGAUGUCGUACUUGACAGUAAGAUUGAGAGUUUGACAGCCAACCCUGAUGAGGCACUGGACAAUUCGGCUGAGAAUUUGAUUGCCAACACUAAUGAGACACUUGUCAAUGCGGUUGAGAGUUUGACAGCCAAUCCUAAUGAGGCACUUGACAAUACGGCUGAGAGUUUGAGAUCCAACCCUAAUCAGACUCUUGGCAGUGAGGUUGAGAGUUCGACAGCCAACCCUGAUGAGGCACUGGACAAUUCGGCUGAGAGUUUGAUUGCCAACACUAAUGAGGCACUUGACAAUACGGUUGAGAGUUUGACAGCCAACCCUGACGAGGCACGGGACAAUUCGGCUAAUUUGAGUGCCAACACUAAUGAGACACUUGUCAAUACGGUUGAGAGUUUGACAGCCAACCCUAAUGAGGCACUUGAUAAUGCUGUUGACAGUUUGAGAGCCAACCCUAAUCAGACUCUUGGCAGUGAGGUUGAGAGUUUGACAGCCAACCCUGUUGAGGCAUUGGACAAUUCGUCUGAGAUUUUAAUUGCAAACCUUAAUGAGGCACUUGACAAUACGGUUGAGAGUAGUUCGACAGUCAACCCUAAUGAGAUACUGGACAAUUUGGCUGAGAGUUUGACUCGGAUUUAUAUCGAUUGUGAUUGGUCUUUAGGUCUUCUCGAUGAAGAGGAAUCGGCAAAAGAUCCGUAUGCUACCGAGGAUAAUCAAUCCGCAGAUUCCGAAGGAACAGUCGCGAAAUAUUCAGCCACAGAAACAGCUGAGGGAGCCAGUUUAGAAGCCCUGGAUAAUGUUGCUCAAACUUGGACUGGCGCUUAUGGCUAUGAGUAUAAACCAGCUGAUGAUGUCGUAACAAACCCUGGAAAGGUUGAUGAAACAGUGGAACAUCUAUUAAUGCCAGUCAAGCCAUUGGUUAAACCUUGUGAGCUCGCGGCUGGUUUCUCUGACAGCAUUUGCACUCCAGUGGAGGUGAUGAGCCCCGUUCCGAACCCGAACGGCCCAGUUCUUCUGCUAAACUUAGCGGAUGUCGCAACCGAACAGUGGUAUCAAGUGUGCAACGAGCGUAAAAGCAGCGACUGUGAGGAGGAGAGAUCUGAUUCUGAUAGGCUGAUCAUUAACACAUCGGAACCUGCAGCGCCUAUCCGAAGUCGGACAGUGAUUCGGCACAAAACCAAGGCGGAGCUGAAACAGGAAAUACCAAUCGACGAAGAAACUGAUGUGGACGAUGACCUGCCGCUUGCGUAUCGCCUUCAAACAACUGCUGGAAAGUCGCAGAAUAGAAGACGCUCGACUGCCGGUAAAAGCCCGCCAAAGUCACCGGCUCACAAAAGAGAGCUUAGCGCCGCUGCUAAGCCGCGAAAGUCCUCAGCUAAAGCGCCUGCCAUGGAGGAAGUCGCCGUGUUUUACACCUCAAAGCUGCGGUCCAGAUCCGCAAGAACUAGCAAAGAUGAGAACAUCGUUCCGGUACCCGUGAGCGAACUGCCGACGCCGGAGCGGAAAGACGAAGAAAAAGCGGUACGGUCCAGGGGGCGCCCGCGGAAGAAAUCCACUAUAAAAAGGGCGUUAGAAACCUCCGAUGAGGACAUGCGAAGUAGGCCGCCGGUGGUUUCCUUUUGCCAGCCUGCUCAGGAAGAAAAGAAACAACCUCAGCUGAGCAAAGUCGUGAGUCGACUGAAGGAGAACUUGAAAAAACCGAGCCUUGACAAUUCGGAGUUCGAACCCGCGAAGAAGCGCAAAGCGACCAAAAGGUCUUCUUCGAGCAGUGUGCGCCAUGUAACUGCCGAAACGUCCAAUUCGUCUGAGAUUGGCCGAGAGAACUGUAAAUCUGAGAAGUUCCAGAAAGGUUUGCUGCUUCAAAGCGAGAUUUCGAACGAAGUGGACGAAAAUGUCAACAGCGCGCCAGCAGAACUGGAAGCAUCGGAAAAUCUACCAGGGCCUAAAAGUGAAGACAACUCUAAGCAAGCGUUGCUGGAGCUGAAUGCAACUAAUAAACAACCUGAAGAAGCUGGCUAUUGGAGGCGGAAAUCGCCGAAGAUCCAGCGGAAGUGCAACUGCAUUCGACCACCUGUGAAGACGCUGCGACAACGGCUGAAUACCCAAAUGUGCAGCGGGAAGUUCAAUGCGAAGCUUUUGAGCCAAUUGCAAACGUCCAGGCUGGUGAAGGCCAUCGGCCAAAGGACCAGCAGCAACUUGAAGGAAGUCUGUUGCAAUUGUCAGUCAGCAAUGAAGAAGAGGUUCCGGCCAUUCAAGAAGCGAGCAAAGAAGAUGCAGCACCAAGUGAAGGCAAAGACUGUGGCAAAGUGGACGGUACCGAGGACAUUCUGUUUAUUGCCAACGAGGCCUUUCAUGUGCAAUUCAUCGAUCACAGGCUGCAAGAAGGCAAUUUGCCCGGACUAGAGCCGCUUGGAGAGAUAAAGGAGGAUUGCUCCAAUAGGAAAAGUAAACGGAAAAGGGCAAGGGAGUGGUCGAGCGGAGCGCAUUCAGCGGAGCGCGCCAAGCAAGAGAGCGGCACAGCUGAUAAGCACCAGCAGGGCCAGACGGCCGAAAAGAUCAGGAAGGCCGGAGGGUUCAGUUGGGAGCGCUGCUGGCAACAAGGGCAAGCAAAGCGCUGCAGCGCCCAAAAGCCCCAAUCCGCAGGAGGCCCCAAAGAAGGUUGAAAGCCCCCAGCCGGAACCAGCGCGGAUGGGGCUGAGUGCGAUCAAGCUCCAAGAGGAGAAAAAGCACACAGCCCCCACCAGCAAAAAGCACCGGGAGGCUGGUAAAAUCCCCAAGCGACCAAUCGCGAACGUACUGGGCGCGAUCAAGCCACCCCGAGAGGCGAAAAAACCCUCGCCCAGCAAAAAGCAUCGCGAGGCUGCGCCGCUUGCUGAAAGCCCCAAGCGGAAGCGAUCCCCGAAGGGGGCGACCACGCCGCCCCAGGAGAAGAAAAAGGCGGCCGGAGGGGCCAUUUUGGAGGAGAGGAGCAUUAAUUCCUUCGACCACUUCUCCUUCAACAUAGAUAGCGGAUUGAGUUCCGCCGAUCAUGACAAGAACUCCAGCUUUGCGACGUCGAGCGUGCAGGAUCCUGAGCAGGUUUAUGAGGCAUUAGCCGAUCCGGCCAUUGCUUCGAGCCUGGUCAGCAUCCAGCAGCCCAGCCUGCUGGACGCCAACGGGGUGAAGCAGGAGUGUGCAUCUAUCGAGCCCUGCGUGAACGGGCUGGCCCUGGGGGCCCAGGAGAGCGACUCCUGGAUCUUCGGGAACAGUGCGACCGAGCCCAUCCUGGUGCCUACCAGCAACAACCUGCCGGUGGCUGCCGGCAGCAACGUGGGCGACUAUUCUGGAUGGCAGUCCUUUGCCGAGAGGCUGGACAACAUUGGCGAAGCCGGCCUGCUGGACACGGACGCGAUCAAGCAGAAGUACGUGUCGCUUGAGAUCAGCUCGACCGCCUGCAAUGGACAAUUCAAAGGGACGGUCUCGGACAGUCACAAUUUCCCGUCGCUGGACGAGCGGUAUGCCUGGAACUCCACCGCCAACCUGGACGACUAUUCUGUGUGGCCGUCUUUGGACAUGCUCUAUUCCUCGAACGCGUCGAUCAACGAACUGCUGGCUCACGUGAUGGAGACUGAAACGCAGCCCAGUCGUGAGUGCGACGAGUCGGCAAGCCGGCAGUUGAAUGGCAGCGUCGGCCGCAUGAGCCCAUUAAGGUGACCCCGGAGAUAAAGCGGGAGUCGUCCAGACGGGCGGCCCGCAAAUUGGAAGAAGCGCUGAAGAUAGAGACGAGCGCGAAGAAGGACAAGAUGAAGAGGUUCGACAAGGCGAAGCCCAAGCCGACCAAUAAUGGGCAUUUGAAAGCCAACAAUUUUAGUCAACAAAGUUCAACGGUGUUCUCCAAUGGCGAGCGCCCGCGAAAGCGCCAUGUGUAUGCUCCAAUCAUACGCAGGAUAGAGAUGAAGGAUAUACAGGAUGGGAGGUUUGAUGCGGUGAAGAACUUGCCGACGAAUUCUAUCUUUAAGUCGAAAAGCAGCCUGUCCAAUAGCGGAAGGCCCGCUGUGUUUAAAGGGGGCCGUUACGACUUCACGGACACUUCGGAAGAUACAACUGUGCGCUACGACUGACAAAGCGACUGGAUAACGUUGGUGGGACUUCCAGUUGUGUCCGGUCCAAACGCGCCAGUGUUCACCUGGGGCAAACCGGGCGAAACCCGAUGAAACUGUGCGAGACACCAAAAACAUGUAUGUAAAUUAAGCUAGCGAAUAAUUGAACAGAUACGUAGUAGUGAUAGAUUAGAAAUGAAUUAAGUGAAAAUGGGAGCUUCUUGCUCUGGAUGCUGAGCGUCCCGUAAUUGAUUAGUUAAAUUAUUUUUGUGCAAAUAGUGCGCGCGUCUUUUUACUGUAAAUAGUUGCAUGUUAUUUCUAUAAGAUCCUUUGUACAGAAGUCUGAUGUGUCUUUAUAUCAGUUGGUAGUGCUCUGGAUGUUAAUUUUCGGCUAUUGAGCGCCCGUCGGCUGCAAACCUGUACAUUUUAUACAGCGACAAUUGGAGGUGUUUUUUGCACUUUAACGCAUUUGCUUUUAUGGUUUUGUAAUAUUUAUAUAAAUUGAAUAAAUAUUUUCAAUAGUUAA